AUGGUUACCUACAAUGAGUUGAUGGCAGUGAUGCUGCUCUUGACUCUAGUAACAUCAUCAUCAACUCAACUGUUCACCAAUUCAACAAGACUAUCAAACAGUUCCGACCUGGUAAACCUGACCCACAGAAAUAAAUCAAUGGUAUAUUUGGAUAUCUUCCAAUCUAAUCCUUCCACUUUGAAUAUGGAAAUGUACACCGAAAUUGUUUUCGACGAAGUUGCCAAUCUUACCAAUAGAACCUUUUUCGAUGAGAUCUUGAAGCCCAAGAUAGAAACUGCCUUAUCUGCUGGAUCUGAAUAUAUUGGUUCGAGCUCCUUGGGAAGCCUAAGUAAUAGGAAAACCGUUAACAUGGCAGCAUCUCUUGAUACUCUCGAAACCGUGGGGAAAUCAGAAGCAACUUCCAGCGACUACUUGAAGGAUAUAACCAAGUACGUUUCCGGGUUCUUAAAAUCUUUCAAAUCAAACGAUAUUGCAAAGACUUCCGUGGCGUCCACCCAAGAAAAAAAACUCAGCAAUGAACUAGCGGAAUUACCUAAGACUUUCAGAUCAGUCAAAACUGUCAUCCCUGAAGUAGAAAAACCUGCCCCAACCAUUGUCAAUACACCAAAAGUUGUUGAAACUCCAAAAGUUGUUGAAACUCCAAAAGUUGUUGAAACUCCAAAAGUUUUUGAAACUCCAAAAGUAAUCAACGAUCCAACAGUGGUCAAUACACUAAAAGUCGAAACAGUGCUAGUCACGGCAAAUACGCCGGCUGCUAUGGAAAACACCGCAGUGCAUUAUAACACUCCGGAGGUAACAACAAUUGCUGCAGAACCAACAGUUACAGUUCCAAAAGUGGAUACUAAGCCCACUGUUUUCCCAUCCACAGAUGUCCAAAUAUCAUUGAGGAGUACUAAUGAUUUGGUAAGUUCUCCAACUACCCAAAAUACUGCAUUGGCCCAACAGUCUUCUGAAAGUACAGCUCCUGAAACUGAAAGUAGUAACAGCAACAACAACAACAACAACAACAACAACAACAACAACAACAACAACAACAACAACAACAACAACAACAACAACAACAACAACAACAACAACAACAACAACAACAACAACAACAACAACAACAACAAUAAUAAUAAUAAUAAUAAUAAUAACUUGAACUUGAAUGGUGUGUCAAUUCCAGUAUCUCCAGAGGAGCAGAGUGCCAUGAGUGCCAUCCAAGAAAUCAACAAUAUUCAAAAAGGAGCCAUCAAAACAGUAACCUUUAAUGGCGUGGGAUAUCCUAUUGGCGGUGAUGCCAUGGGAAAAUUCCUUCAGUAUGGAGGAGUUGGAUUAGCUGCCUUCAACAUUCUUUCUGGCCACACGGUCACUGAAAGUGGUUCUACUUUUGUUUCUUACAGUGAAGUUCCGACUACUAUUACCAUCAGUGGUCUUACUCCAACCACUUCUGGAGCAGUCAGCACCGUGACAGUGCAAGCUUCUUCAUCUUCGAGUACUGCCACUAAGCCUGAUGUAAUCAUUGUAACUGCCCAACCGAACAUAGCACCAACUGCAGCUCCAAUGGUAACCAGUUAUUACUACCCAACACUUUAUGAAACACAGUAUGUGAGUUAUUAUCAACCUCAACCUCAGGCGGCAAGGUAUACUGUAACUCUUCAACCAGGCCAACAACAACAGCAACAGCAGUAUGUUUACACCACUAUUGCGCAACAACAACAACAACAACCAAGAUACAUCACAGUGAAAGCCAGGAACGUUCCUGAUUCAAUUUUGAAUGACCCAUAUAUCAGUUCUUCACUCAUCCAAAGUAUUUUGAAUUGA